GGUUUUGUUAAUUCGAUUAGAAUGGUUUAUUUACGAGGUGUAGGGCUUGUGGUAAUCGAAAUCUGCUUACUUAGUACUUUCUCAGAGAUAUCUGGGAAUGUAGAAGUAACAAUUUCUGAUGGUCACAUUCUUGGUAGACAACUUGAAACAGAAAAUAAAACUCCAUAUUUAGCAUUCCAAGAUAUUCCAUAUGCCAAACCACCGGUUGGAGACUUGAGAUUCAAAGAACCCGUAAGACCUGAGAAAUGGAAAGGAGUCUUGAAUACAACGGAAAAUCGAAAGGUUUGCAUCCAAUUUAGCGACCCUUCUGAUCCAAGAGAAACCGAGGAUUGUUUGGUGCUGAAUGUUUAUACACCGGUGAAUCCAGAGAAAUUAACAAAGCAUAAAUUGGCAGUUUUGGUAUGGAUUCACGGUGGAAGCUUCCUGAGAUGGUUUGGUACGAUGGAUCCUUUUGGACCCGACUAUUUCAUUGAUAAUAAUGUGGUAGUGGUAACACUCAACUACAGAUUGGGUCCACUUGGAUUUUUAACAACCAAUGACGGAGUUAUUCCGGCUAACAAUGGCCUGAAGGACCAGCGUUUAGCUCUGGAGUGGGUUAAUAAGAACAUCGAAAUAUUCGGCGGGGACCCAGCCAAAGUAACUAUAGGGGGUCAAAGUGCGGGGGCAGCGUCUGUAGGUUACCAUCUCAUGAGCAAAAAGUCUGCAGGUUUAUUCAGAGCAGCUAUUAUGCAGAGUUCAAGUCCUUUGAAUUGUUGGUCCUUACAAAACUAUCCGAAAGAUGCUGCAAACUUGUUGGGAUCGAAUCUGAAGUGGAAUUCUAAGAUUUUAUCAAAAUUAUUAUCGGCAAAGCAGGAUAUUCCAUCGGAAAUCCUAUUGAGGAAGUUACAGAGUACUUCAAUUGCAGACCUCAAAAAAUAUUCAGAUAUCAAUUUACAGGUACCAUUGUCCAAGAAGAACUGUCAUGCCUUCACUUCUUUAACAUGGACUCCUGUGAUUGAAAAUGAAGAUGACGAGAAUGCUCUGGUAACUGGGUGGUCUCACGAAAAUAUCAAGAAAGGAAAUAUCAACAGAGUUCCUGUUCUGAUGGGGAUAAACUCAGAGGAAUCGUUAUUGUUUGGGGCGCAGAGUAUUCAAGUUCAAUGUUCACUGUUCGAUCCAUCUUUGAGGUCGAUGAUUACCGGAAAUCUUUUCAUGGAAGAGAAGAAUAAACCACCAGCCAGCUCUUGCAUUAAAGACCUGUAUACGAAAUCUCUGUUCUCAACGGACAGAGCAGCAACUCUGAACCUCCUUGAAACAGUGCCCGGUGCCGAAGGAGUCGCUCAUCAAGAAGAAAUUGAAUAUUUAUUUCGAUGUUUAAACAACAGAGAUCUGAGUAAAUUUCCUGAAGAAGAUAGAAUCACACACGAUCGACUUGUUACCAUGUGGUCACAGUUUGUCAAGUAUCUGAAUCCAACUGAAGGGAAAAAUGAACUACUUCAAAAUAUUGUGUGGCCAAAAGUUACACCACAAGAGUUCUUUUACUUGAAUAUCAACACUACGCUGGCAGUUGAGAAGAAUAUCAAGAACUAUGAAAAAUAUAAAGAAAUUUAUUCAAUAUAUGCUAACGAAGAAUUGUCUACGUACUGAAUAAAAUAAUAUACUACAUACCUUUUUA